AGGGCGUGAGUGGCCCCAGGACCCUCGCGCGUCGCGCACCGCGGGGGCGCGCUGCGCGAAGCGAGGUGACCCGGCUUCCCUGUCGGCUCCCCCUCGCCAGGGACCUUCGCCGCCGCCUUCGGCGCGGCGGAGUGCGCGCCGUGCGCGCCCGGGACGUACAGCGGCGCGGCCGCCCCGGUCUGCUCGCCGUGCCCCCCGGGGUCCUUCUCCGCGGCGGGCGGGGCCUGCGAGGAGUGCGGCCUGGGCCUGUUCGCGGCGGAGGCCGGCGCGGUGGCCUGCGAGGCGUGCCCCAGCGAGCGGAGCACGCCCGCGGUCGGCAGCAAGGCCCGCGGCAGCUGCAUCUGCCCCAGGGGGAUGUUCGCCGGCGAGGCGGAGGAUUGCAUCAGCUGCGCGGUCCUGCACACGGCCCCGGCGGGGUCGACCAGCGAGGACGCGUGCCGCUUGGACGCUACUGGCGCGGCCCUGAUCGUCAGCCUGGGCGUGGCGCUGGUGCUCGGCUUCCUCGCCUUCGUGCUGAUCCGGAGGCAGCUCGCCAAGCUCAUGGCCUACAAGGAGAAGGUGCUCAUGAGCCACAUCAACGCGUGCAUGAAGAGCUCCUCGCAGCUGGAGUACCCGUACAUCCUGGUGUCGGCGAGGUCGCUCUUCGGGGCGGGGCGCCUCUGCAGCUACGAAGAGGUGCGGGACCGCGUCGAGGGCGGCUUCCACCUGGUGCUCGAGAAGGUCGCACACAGCUCGAGCGUCUUCAAGGAGAUGGGGAAUCGGGUCGUCUUCUUCUCGCACCAGUGGACGGACUUCCACCAUCCAGACCCGACGGGCGCCCAGUACGCCUACAUGGUCUGGAGCCUGAGGGAGAUCAUGCAGAAGAAGGGCUGGACGGAGGAGCAGACCUUCUACUGGGUCGACUACACGUGCGUGCCCCAGGGCCACCCGGGGAUCCAGCAGCUGGCGAUCAACUCGCUCCCCGUCUACGCCUCUGCCUGCGACGCGUUCAUCAUCGUGGCGCCGGAGAUCGCCCACACGCAGACCCAGCAGGUCCUCGGCCCCGACACCUACUUCCGCCGGGCCUGGUGCCGGGCCGAGCAGCUCAGCUGCUACAUCCGCAACGGCUGCGGCGACAUGUUCCUCGCCAGGGGGCCGAUGGACGGCGCGACCGCGGGGUCGACCACGGCGGAGCUGACCGCACUCGACGAGGCGUCGGCCACGACGCACAUGGGUGUCUUCCAGGGCGAGAUGACGUGCUGCCGCCUGCGGCACCACGGCAUGGAGCGGUGCGACCGCCAGAGCUUGGUGCAGCCGAUGCUGGGCCUGUACGCUGAGGCGUACCUGCUCCGGGAAAAGGACGAGCGCCACCGCCGCAUUCACGACCUCCUCGCGGCGCGGCGGGACGAGCUCUUCCCCGAACAGUUCGUCUACACCACCCCGUCUGGCGAGCAGCGGAAGCCCCUCUUCGGCAAGGUCAUGGGCCGGCUCCAGUCGCACCUGGCCGACAAGGAGAAGGCCAGCCACCUCGAGCGGCAGCACCUCCGGCACGAGGCGUCGGACGAGGAGAAGGCGGGCGUCAUGCGGAUGACGAGGACCCUGACGAGCCGGACGGAGACGCCCCAGUUCGACAGCGUCGAGGGGACCGACAGCGUCGAGGGGAUCGACAGCAUCGACCUGCAUUGGCUGCCCACCCUGUCUGCGGCCACCAAGGCAGGCGUCGUGCGGCGUGUGCGGAGCACGAGGAGCCUGACGGACUGGCACGAGGAGCCCAUCGGCCUCUCCCUAUCGCCCCGCGACAACAUCGACAGGGUCGACAGCAUCGACAUGCGGUGCCUGCCCACCCUGUCAAACACGGCGGACUCGCACCGCCUGAUCGCCCCGUCUGCAGCCGAGAUGACCGACAGCAUCGAUAUGCAUCGCCUGCCCACUCUGUCUGGAGCCAACAGCAUCGAUGUGAACCGCCUGCCCACUGUGCCUGCGACCGAGGGAAUCGACAGCAUCGAUGUGCACCGCCUGCCCACCGACUCGUAUUGCCUGCCCUUUGGCGCCGACUCCACCAUCUGACGAGGAGG